AUGUAGUACCAGUGAAAGAUUUGCAAUGUGAAGUAUGUCAUAAAGGUUUUUCAACCCCUAAAACAUUGAGUGUGCAUGUAAAAAAGUUCCAUGAUGAAAUUGAUACGAACAAAACCAAAAAAAAUCAAACAAGAAUAAUUUGCCCCUAUGACAAGUGUGUAGUCGAAUUAUUUACAUUUGUUAAACAAAGACAGCAUUUGUGCGAUGUGCAUGGCUUUGAUGUGAAAUUGGAAAAUAUUAAUUUUUGUGAUAUCUCAGAAUUUGAUUCUAGGAAACGAGAAAUGGAACAACGGACAUCAACAAUGUACAUACUUGAUAGAGCUGCAUCAGAAUUAAGUGAUGGAAAUACAAGGCAAUUUUACUAUUGCCAUCGCUCUUACAGUUAUCGAAAACAAGGUAACAAUGUUAGAGAAAUCAAAUCUAUGGGUAGUAAUAAAAUUGAACGAGCCUGUCCAUCAUUGCUAAAAGUUACUAUUUCCAAAUUUGAUAGAAAAGUGUCCACAUAA